AUGGCGUACCUUGCACAGUCCCCUACCGAGGCGUCAUUUCUUAAUACCUCUGUCCACACCAAACAGAUACCCGAAAACGAUGAUGAUCUCUACCGUAAGGCAGUUGAUUUCACAGAUGUGGAACGAAUUCUUCUCUCCUCAGCAGAGGAAAGUGGGUUUCGCCGUAUUACACAAGACACCACCUGUGAUAUCACUCUCUAUAGUCGCCCUGUAGAGAACUGCCCAAUUCAUCUCAUGCGUGCAGAGGCAUUUCUACCAUGUCCACCAACGCAAUUACUGGCCUACUUGGAUGUCUCAACAAGACGAGAAUGGGAUGAUCACAUUGCAGAAUUGCGAAGUGUGCGAACUCUACAACGACCACGUGAUUUAAUGAAAGGUAAUAAUAAUAAUAAUAAUAAUAAUAAUAAUAAUAAUAAUAAUAAUAAUAUGGAUAUCAUAGAUGUAGUGGAAGGCACUGGACAGAAAUUGCGGGUCUUGCAGCCUGGACAAAGGCGAGUAGCAUUACAUUACAUGGCAAUACGAUCUCCAAUCCCUCUUGUACAGAAUAGAGAUUUUGAAAUGGUUGUAUCGGAGGAAGUGCGUCGUGAUGGAACUGCGUGGUUAAAGGCAUUCUCCACUCCACUUGGAUAUGUGGAGCCAUUAGACCCACGACAGUCAAAGUAUGUGAGAGCACUAAUGCUCUUCUCUGGGGUUCUUGCAAAACCUAUAAUAGAUGCAGAGGGUCAAGAGAGGUGUCGUCUUAGUUAUGUGGCUCUAGUACAUCCAAUGGGACUCAUUCCCUCUGUUCUUGUGAAUAUGGUAUUGGGAGCACAGUUAAGUGCAUUGAGAAAGUUACAGAAAUUCAUUACACUGCAUCCACUACCUACACUAUGUGCAGAAUCUGAGACACGUGCUAAGGAAAUGAAUAACCAUGAUAAAGCUACUAUUAGUGGUAGUGGAACUAGUAAUAGUAAUAAUAGUAAUAGUAGUAGUGACAACCAUAAUAACAAGACCAACAAUAACACUAUUACUAUGGCAAAAGAAAGUAGUGGAAAAAAAAGAGGUCAAGAAACAACUACUGAUUUCUCAAAGAAAAGUCGUAGUAUCGUAGAAAUAGAAAGGGAAGGUAAUGGAGACCAAGAGAAGAAGGAGUUAAUAGCAACAACGAAAAGAAGAAAAAGAAGGACUGAUAAAGUACGGAGACGAAUUUCUUCACUAAAAGAUGGAAUGGUAGAUUGGUUAUUCUCCAAUCUCUAA